AAUGGCGGCCACUUUCACCAUUAGAAGCAUGAGAGCCUUUCCCCACCCUGACCCCGCCGCCAAUGUCAUCGGAUUCCGCUUGCUCGUCAAUGAAACGCCGCCGGGUGUCGCCGCAGUCGUCCGCACUGUGCGGGACAACCGUGUGAAAGUCCCGUUCCAUCCCGGCAAUGAUAUGUCAUCCUGGGGAAGCGCGUUCAGCUUCAUCGCCUCCAAUUUGGAAGAACACUUCGGUCUGGAAUUCUGGGACUCCUUCCAACUGGCGAACUAUAUGGUUCCCUUUGCUCUGUCCAACGUCCGGGACCGUCCUUGCGGCCUGAUCCUCAGCAACGUCAUUGAGGCGACUUUCACAACCCCGUCACAACCUCCGCCGCCGCAGGAUGCUCUGUUUCUUGAUGACACUUUGGUUUUCAACGCCGGCGAUGUCUCACAAUUUGCGGCCGCCCCUGCCCCUUUUUUGCCGGCCGGAUGGAGUUCUGGGAUAGAGACGACUUAUGCCCCGCGGCUGCAGCACCAGGAUGCUCUGUUUGUGGACGGCGGUCUUGUUUUCAACAGCUUUGCCGAUGACCCAUAUUUCCUGGCCGCCGUUUCCCCACCUUUGCCGGCAGAAGGUAUGUCGGAGAAUGAGAUUUCAAGCAUAAAGACAGAGGCUUUUGGUAGCGGAAAAGGCGAGGCUUGUAGUAUCUGCUUAGAUGAUUUUAGGGCAGGGUCGGCGGUCAUAUCUCUAUCGCCAUGUUCCCACAAAUUUCACAAAGGCUGCAUUGCCAAGUGGCUGCGGAGAAGAAGGACCUGUCCGAUGUGCAGAACAGUUGCCUUAGUUUCUUGAAACAAAACCAGAAAAUAUUCAAUUAGUUUAACAGAUUCUUAUUCCUGGAUUUUGUGAAUCCUAUUUUUUUGUAAAGCCUUGGCUGCAAUAUACGAAGUAUAUAUAUAGAGUGCUCUAAUUUGUAGUUUUUAUCAGAUUGUUAACUCAAAUUAUGAUAUAUAUUCUCAACUUAUAUACAUAUAUAUAUUUUAACA